UAUCUUUACGAUUUUAGGGACCUAAAUCAUAUUUAAGCAAAAAAAAAUUUAGAAAAAAAGGAAACCCCAGCGAAAAUGCGGAGGAUGCUAGGAGUUGGAGUCUUCGGUCUUCACCCGUUUGGAUGUCGUUGGUACUUGGUUUCACUCGUUUUUUUUUUUUGCUUGUGUUUCUCUGCAGCUUCUCUCUUUUCUCUUUCCUUCACAUUUUCCUCAUCUUCCACUAUUAUAUGUUCGUUGCUCCAACCUUUUAUUACAUUCUUCAGCUGCUUCUGCCUUUUCUGAUCGAGCUAUGAUGAAGGACUUGUCUUAAAGAGCGUAGUCUUUUGCUGUUCAUAAGCAAUGGUUGCAGAAUCAUGGUUCCACAGACUGUGGAGGAUUCCUCAGAAGUUUGGUGCUGAUUCCCCGAGAAUUUCAAUAUCCUCAUUUGAAAUAGGAAGCUUGAUGUUGAAGGUGGUUAAUUUAUGGCAAUCAUUGAGUGAUAAACAGAUUUUUAAAUUGAGAAAGGAGAUCACCAAUUCAUUUGGCAUAAGAAAGCUUGUUUCUGGUGAUGAGUAUUUCAUUAACCGUUUGAUCUGUGCAGAGUUACAUGAGAAUUUGGCACAUGUGGCUGACUCUGUGGCUUGGCAUGGGAAGAAAUGCAGCGAUCCGAUUUUGAAAGGUUUUGAGAAGGCCUUUAAAAAAUUUAUCACUAUGGGUGAUGAUCAAUAUGGGUGGGAAUUCCAUGGCGAGGUGAUGGAGAAAAAUAUUAAAAAGAUGGAAGGAUUUAUAUCAAGUAAUGGAAGUCUGUUUGAAGCGUUAGUGGAGCAAAAUCCUAUAAGAUUGACGGAUAAUGGUGAGUCAGGUGUGUUAAAAUCAAUUGCGUAUCAGAAGAUCUAUAGAUGGAAGAGACAAGAGGUGAAGCGCUUGAAGAAUAUUUCUCUGUGGACCAGGACAUAUGAUUACACAAUAAAUCUUUUAGCAAGAUCGUUAUUCACAAUAUACCGAAAGAUUAACCAUGUAUUCGGAAUUCACGAGAUGGUACAUCUUGGUGGAAGUGUCUUAAAUUCAGAUUUAACUUACAGAAGUCAAUCGAUUUCUGCAUUAUUGCAAUCUUUAUCCCACCCACUACAAAAUAUACUUCCACCGAAAACCCUUGGUGCUGCUGCUUUAGCACUGCACUAUGCAAAUAUCAUCAUAGUGAUUGAGAAGCUGUCAGCUUCUCCGCACUCGAUCAGUCUUGAGGCAAGGGAAGACCUGUACAACAUGUUACCAAGAUGCUUGAGAGCUUCCCUUAAGGCCAAGUUGAAGCCAUGUACCAAGACCAUGGCCUCUUCAUCACUCUAUGACCCAAGUCUAGAAGAAUGGACUCAAGAACUGUCAGGCAUAUUGGAAUGGUUGGCACCACUUGCUCAUCACAUGAUAAGCUGGCACUCUGAGAAGAGUUUCAACCAGCAGAUAUUUGUUUCCCAGAGGAACGUGUUGCUGGUGCAGACCCUUUACUUUGCAGACCAAGAAAAGACAGAAAAAGUAAUCACGGAGCUUCUUGUGUGUCUGAACUAUGUCUGUAAAUAUGGUAGGGAGCUCAAUGCAAAAGCUCUGGCAGAGUGUGGCAGCUUUAAGGUAGACAAUGAAUAUCCUAAUCUGAAUGGAUACACAAGUUCUCUUAAGGACCUGGCCAAGGAGUGUAGUUCCAUAAACUGGGAUGAGGAAUUGUAGAAACACCGGUCUCCUUCAGAUCAACCAACGUGAAUGAAAUGGUAGUUAUGGGAAAAUUAUCUAUAUGCUCAGUAUUUUAGAAAUUUAGUAUCUGAAUGCUUUCUUGGUGAGAAUUUUUUGGAACAUUUGUAGUUAGUUUUCUUUGAUUAGUUCCAAGCUGCUAGAACUUGGAUGGCUGGUCUCUUUUUUGCAGUGUUGGCCUUCUUUCCACCUUUUCUCUUUAAAGAGUUUUGAUAUCCUUGUUAGUCCUGUUUUGGAGUUAAACCCUUAAGAUUCAAUCACAGUAAGUUAAAUACGAGUUUUA